AUGAGGAUGAGCUUAGAUGCUAAGAACAAGAUUGGAUUCAUGGAUGGAUCGUUAUCAAGACCAGCUCAAGAUGAUCCUUUGUUCAAGAUUUGGAGUCGAUGUAACAGCAUGGUUAAGUCGUGGCUGCUUAACACUGUGAACCAGGAGAUUUAUGAUAGUAUCUUAUACUAUGAUGAUGCUGUUGAGAUGUGGAAUGAUCUUUACUCAAGGUUUCGUGUCAGCAAUCUCCCAAGGAAAUACCAGUUGGAGCAAGCUGUUGCGACUUUGAAGCAAGGAUCUAUGGAUUUAUCCGCUUACUAUACUAAGAAGAAGAUGUUAUGGGAGCAACUGUCCAACACAAGAAUCUCCACAACAAGAAGAUGUCAAUGCGAUCAUGUCAAGGAGUUAAUGGAAGAAGCGGAGACAAGUAUAAUCAUUCAGUUUCUCAUGGGGCUUAAUGAAAACUUUGCCAACAUUCGUGGUCAGAUACUGAACAUGAAGCCUCGGCCAAGCCUCACUGAGAUCUACAACAUGCUUGAUCAAGAUGAGAGUCAGAGGAUUGUAGGUUCAGCUCAGAGUUUGAACAGCCAUCCUGCUGCGUUCCAAGUACAAGACACAAAUACUUCCGAGAACAAUCAGAUCCUCCUAUCUCACGGUGGUUACCAUAAAGUGAAGUGUUCUUACUGCUCUCGCCUUGGAAACACUGUUGACAAGUGCUACAAGAAGCAUGGAUACCCUCCUGGAAUGUUCAAAGGGAAGAAAUCCAACGUUGUUGCUUCUACAAACUUGGCUCUCACUCAGUCCUCAAUCAAUCAGGACAACGGUCAACAUGAAGAUGUCUCAUGUGAUCAAUUCUCUAAAGACCAACUUCAGUCAAUGAUCUCGUAA